AUGGCGUUAAAAGUUGAGUGUCCAACAAAUACGAUCAACUCCAAGGAUGCCUCCUCUCUGGAUAAAGACCUCAUGGAUACGGGAGGUUUCUCCAUCGACCAGUUAAUGGAACUAGCCGGGCUGUCCGUCUCACAGGCCGUGUACCGUGUCCACCCGCCCAAAGAUGGCCGCAACGUUCUAGUCGCCUGUGGCCCAGGAAAUAACGGAGGGGAUGGUCUAGUUGCUGCUCGCCAUCUCGCACAUUACGGGUAUAAACCUACCGUGUACUACCCGAAACAAGGCAAAAGCGAGCUAUAUGAGCGCCUGAAAACGCAGCUGAAGAAUCUGUCCGUGCCAUUCACUUCCGACUUCGCUGAUUCCCUCAAAUCCUCCGAUCUGGUUGUGGACGCUAUAUUUGGCUUUUCUUUCAGUGGACCCCUCAGAGACCCGUUUCCAGCCAUAAUAUCGCAACUCGAAGAGACGAAGGUUCCUGUUCUUAGCGUCGAUGCGCCGAGCUCAUGGGACAUCGAGACUGGGCCGCCCAAGGAUGGCCCCGGUUCGAAAUUCAUGCCAGAUGUACUGGUUAGUUUGACGGCUGCUAAGCCGUGCGUUAAAUGGUUUAAGGGGAGACAUUUCCUGGGUGGAAGAUUCUUAACUCCUGAUGUUGCGGGGAAGUAUAGACUGGAGAUACCAGAGUACCCAGGGGUUGACCAGGUAGUGGAAGUUGAUGUGAAUGGAUCCGAGAGGCUGUGA